AUGACCUUUGUUAAUGUGUUUCUGCGAGCUGCGAGCACAGUACUGAGCGGCGAGGGCGAGGCGCUAGUGCUCGUACGAGGUAGCAUCGAGCAGGUCCAGGUGGCAGUGGAGGAGGUCGAAGAGGAGCAAAAGGAGGAGGAGAGCGGCGUCGAGGUCGAGGUCGCGGUGAUGGAAGACAAUGGGCGGCGGCGGAGGAAGAGGGGAGAAGUGCGAGGUGAUGUGGUGGUUUGGUGGAGGCAGGAUAGGAGGUGUUUGGCUACGCGGUGGGUUUUCAAGGGAGGGAGAGGGAGUGAAGGUGGGAAAGGGUGA